GUAAAACUACGUUAAAAAAAAUAAAAGGUUUUCUCUAUUUUCGUUCUCUCCCUUUCUAUUAUCCUAGUCUUAUUUCCCCCUUUUUUUGCUUCAUUUUUACUAUCGAAUUGAAAUUAAAUUGAAGAUUUGAUCCAAAAAAUUAAUUAUUCGUCACUUCUCUAAAGUUUCCCACAAGACGGUUGAAAUUUCAAUAUCUCUCUAUGUUUAUGUUAUGUCACUUCUCGCUUGUACGAUGGAAACCAGUGCUGGAACCCAACUAUCCCUCCAAGAUCACUUUCUGGGUUAGGGUACUUGAUGUUCCAAUGCAGUUCUGGGUGGAAUCUACUUUCAAAAGUGUCGGCGCUGCUCUUGGUUUGGUGAAAGGUGAUGUGGAUUUGAGGGAGGGCCGUGUGCGAGUGGAGUUGGACGGUUUUAAACCACUUGUUUUCUCAAUGGAUGUUGACUUUGAUGAGGGAGUAGAGCUUGAAGUGAAUCUGAGAUAUGAGCGGCUGGUUGGUUACUGUAGGAUUUGUAUGUGUAUGACACAUGAUCAAUCGAGAUGUCCUACUAAAGUCACCGAGGUGGAAGCACAAGAGACUGAGAAUCAAAAAUCUGAACAAGGGAAUCAAGCUUUGAGUUACAAAGGAGCUCUGGAAACAGUAGGGGUCUCCUCUGGUGAUCAUGGUAGUGGUGCUGAGCUACGAAGCAAAGGUAAAGGGUUAGCUAGAGAUCGUCUAGGACCUUACAAGGAAUCUGGUUCUCUCAGGCAGGGUGGAGCUUACCGGGGUUACAAAGGAAGAAACUCUCGGGGUUUUGGUGAUGGUUCAACAAGUCGUGGCGUACAAACUAGUUUUGGUAUUCCUAAUGAUGAUCAAAGACGCUUUGCGGUGAAUACCAGAGGCAUAAGGCAGCUUGAAAAUGGGAAAGGAGACCAUCUAAGCAACCAUCAAAAGCUCAUGAUGGAUGCCUUUAAGGGAAUGAAUAAGGAGCCACAAAGCAGUCACGAGGCCCAAGAGAAUGUGAUGCUUCCAGGGGCCAGAAAAUCCCUUACUUUUGAAGAACCAGCUGCUGUCAUAGGAAUGGAGGAGCCAGGUAAUAAUGCUGGUGAUACUGAGGGAAUGGAGGAUCAGAUGGUGGAGGAAAACACUGUGAUUGAUAAGGCAGAUGGGAACAGGGAGGAAGAUGGUGAUCAGGGAUCAUUCCCAGAAGAUAAUACUCGAGAGGAGGAAGGUGUUUUGUUGUCUGACUCAGAGCUUAUUGACGAGGGAUGGGAGGAAGGUGAAAUGGCUGAUUUCUUGGAGGAGAUGGUAGAGAAUAUUGGUAAUGCUGAGCCAAUGGAUCAAGCUACCAAUGACAUCACUGUGGUUGCGCCAAAUGAAGCAAAUGAUGCAGGUGUAAAGCUGACUAAGAAGAAAGGCACCAAGACAGGGACACGCCUUGUUCAUAAGCUACUUUCUCCAAGAAAAAGCAAGAUCAUUAAACCUGCAGGCAAGGUUGGUGAGGGCAAGAAGGCUGGUAAUAAGCCUUAAGGUAACCAAAACUUGGAAACCUUAUGAAGUUUAAGUUUCUUUUCAUAAUUCGGUUGAUAAUAAUGUUGGAUUAUACUAUAAAAUCCAUGUUUCCUUUCCUAUUUUCUAUUGGUUUUUAUGUGCUAUCAGAGAUAGCUUUGUUUGUCCCGAAAUGUAGGGAAUACAUGUUUCACCUGGCUUUUAAUAAAAUGAAUAAGUUUUGUUUCCUUUUGCUUCUGUGCUUAAGAUUUA